UUUUACAAUAUUUUAUUUACAACAUUAUAUUACAUUACAUGAUUAUAAAAAUACUCAGGUACAUAUAUUUAAAAUCGCCAUGGAUAAUCUCAAUUAGUUACUCCCCAAUUCAGUCGCUCUGGAAUACACCAGUCACAUAUUUUCGUACUCUAUUAUUGGCAUUAGACUGCCAUCUAGAAGAGAGAGCUGUAGGUUUUUAAUUUUUCUACAUUAUCUUAGUGGCUUUUUCACUAAGCUAUUGCAUCUUGUUACUAUAUAACUAUUGCCUACUCUCACGCCACCUAUUUUGAAUAACUGACUAACAUCAUUUUUGACAAAAUUAUACAGACCCUUAGGACGAUAGCCAAAAGGAUCAAAAGAAAAAAAGACUCCAUCCUGAUUAGUGUGUUAACGAGUUCUAACGGCGUUGAAUUUUUUAUAAAAUUCUGUCUUAUAUAUACUAAAUAAUGGCAGAUCUCGUAACGGAACUGAAAUCCAAAUUAAACGCUAAGAUAAGUGUACUUCUGUACGAGAUACAUCCAAUAAUUCAAAGACGCGGUCCAGCAAUAAAAAGCGCGGAUGGUAAGCCAUUCGCACCAUACAGUAAUGAAGAAGUCCAUGGUAUAUUACAGACGAUUGUGGAUCUUUUAAAAGAAAGUUCUACUGACCAGGAUAUGGUACUAGUCUUAGCUUUCGUGCUUCGAGAAUGUAUCAAUGAAAAAAAAAGGAAUAGUGACGAAUUAUCGAGUAGCAGUAUCGAAAAGAGUGACCGCGUAGAAUUCACAAAAUAUUUAAGUAGUCUUCGAAAAUUGAUGUUGCAGAUAGUAUAUUUUUUUAACAUAAGAAUUAUUACCAUGAAUAAAAUACAUCAAUUCAAUCAAGAGAUUGCAGAAAAAAUCGAUCCAAAACCGAAUGAAAUACAAAAAAUAUUUAUUCAACUACUAAAAAUGAUGAACGAAUUGAAGCCAUCGACGUCAGCGUUUGACGACAAAAAGGAUAUUGAUGAUGGGAGCUUUCGAUAUUAUAUGUUCGAAUUCGUAAGGGAUAUUUACUAUGAUAUUUUUGAUGAAAAUGUGCCUGUCGUAUCAACAUCCGAUAUAGAAGAAAUGGAAAAUAAAUUGAAAGAGCUUGAGGGUAAGGAAUUAAAAUUAGAUGAUUUUGAAAACGUCGAAGAAAAAAAAACAAAGAAGGCACAUCGAGUAAGGGAACAGAAAACCAAUUUACAAACUAAUAUGGCUGUACUUCUGAUCGAGAUAAAAUCAAUAAUUGGAAGACGCGGUCCAGCAACAAAAAACGUUGAUGGUAAGCCAUUCGAACCAUACACUAAUGAAGAAGUUUAUGGUAUAUUACAUUCGAUUGUGGAUGAUUUACAAACAACGUCAACUAAGGACGAAAUUGCAAUAGUCGCUGCUUUGGUGAAUCCAGAAUCUACCAAAGAAAAAUCUCAAAAUAGUGACAAAUUAUUGAGCAGUACCAUUGAAAAGAGUGACCGCGUAGAGUUUACAAAAUAUUUGACUAGUAUUCGACAAUUGAUGAGGCAGAUACUAUAUAUUCUCAACGUAAGAAUUAUUAUCCAAAAUAAAACAACUCGAUUAAAUCAAAAUGAUGCAAAAAAAGUCAAACCAAGACUGAAGGAGAACACAAGAAAAAUAUUGGAACAAGUCGAAAUAUUACACGAAUUUCAUCGGUCUCAGUCGUCGACGUCAGCAAUUGAUGUCAAAAAGGAUUUUAAUGAUGGGAGCGCUCUAUAUCUCAAGUACGAUUUCUUAACUGAUAUUUACUAUGAGAUAUUUGAUGAAAAGGCGUCUGUCGCAUCAACAUCCGAUGUAGAAAAAAUUGAAAAUCAAUUGAGAGAGCAUGGUAAGAAAAGAAACAGAAAUAGUGAUCCUGAUUUUGAGAUCGUCGAAAAAAAAAUGAAAAACUGUAAACUGACUGUCCCUGCAAGCAAGCUCUGAAACUUCUCGCUGUUUUCGAACUCAAACACAUCGAAAACACUUUUGUCAAAAUACAUACAGUAACACUCCAUCAACCCGGACAGCAAAUCUACGGAAGAGCGGAACUUUCUUGGGAUUUCCGAGUUAAAGGAAGCUCUUUCUCCCUCAAAAAGUAAACUAUGACGCGGGCGCACUUAACAAAACCGUUUAUGAUGAUCAUUAACACACAUGCACGUAUUCGUUAACCCAUUCGAUAAAGAGCAAUAGCUGCUCGAUUAUUGUAAUUGUGGUCGAAUGUGAAAUUAUUAAAUUCCAAAACAAACUAAAUAAUCGUAAAAAUAAAAUAUACCUUA